AUGACGAUCGUUGAGCUCAGCAGUAAAAAAACGGGAUGCCGCAUUGAUGACGUCAGUGUUAACAACAUCAGUUACGCGGACGACAUGGUGCUGCUGAGCCCAACGGUUAGAGCGCUUAGAGAGCUGCUUAAAGUAUGCGAGGACUAUGCACAAAUGCAUGGACUAUCUUACAAUGUAAGAAAAAGCGAGCUCCUGGUCUUUAAGGCUGACGGAGGUAAGUGUCCAGAAUCUGUACCAGUAGUGAAAUUGAGCGGUCAUGAAUUAAAACGGGUCUAUCAGUUCAAGUACCUGGGGCACUAUGUAACUGACGACCUUAAUGACCACGUAGACAUAGAAAGGGAACGUAGGGCGCUGGCGGUUCGAUGUAACAUGUUGGUACGCAGGUUCGCGCGCUGUAGUGCUUCAGGUAUGUUCGCGCAGGCACACUUCGAUGACUUCUAUGCAAUCAUACGCAAGAAAUCCGCGUCGUUGCUCUACAGAGUGCGGGGCAGCCCCAACUCCAUCAUGAGGACCAUAGCGGAGAGGUACGACUCCCCAAUAAUAGGAGGUAUUGUUCGUAAUUGUAUUACGCGCAACAACCUCGUGUCUAAUAUGUAA